CGCAUAGGUCACAUGAUCAUGUGGCUUUGGAGAUAAUUGUGUCAUUUCCAUUAUCCAGCCACUGUACGUUGGAAAAGUGAGAGAUGGCGGACGGGAAGGAAGUCGAUGACGAGCGGCUGCACGUUGCAGCGAAGAAGGGCGAUGUGGACGGCAUGAAGGAGAUCAUCGAUGCGGCGGAGGACAACGAGGCGAGGAAAGAGCUCAUCAACAGGACAGAUCACUACAGCAGGUCAGUGAGGCCAGACCACACAGGAUGACGCACAUUCGCCAUUCAUCUCACCUGAUCUGUUUGUUAUCUGUCCGUUGGCUUCGUGCACGAUAUGAUGCAUUCAUUCAUGCAGGACGCCAUUGCACAUGGCUGCUCACGCUGGUACAUGCCGAGGGUGCAGUGCAUGGCUCAGUCGUUUCCACGGCUGGUGAACACGUGCUGUGGUGUGUGUGUGCAGGUCAGCUGAGUGCGGUCAAGCUGCUGAUCUCCCACGGCGCCUCUACGGCCAUUCAGGCAAAGGAUGGCGUCACUUGUCUGCACUUCGCUGCUCAGCAGGGGCACCUGGAUGUUGUUGAGUUCGUAAGCUGACACAGGCAGACCAGGCCAGGGAUGGGUCUUACUGACCUACUGUGCGUUCAUUCGUGUGUGUGGUGGCACGCGGUGUGUGUGUGUGCAGCUUCUGUCGAAGAAGGCGCAUGUGGACAGAGUGAUGAAGGGCAAGAAGACACCGGUGAGCCCAAAAGAAAGAAAGGGGACGCGAUGCGAUGCGCAUCGAUGGCCUUGAUGUACAAACUCGGGUGUGCGUACUGUACGUGUCUGUCGGCCACAGCUGCACUUGGCGUGUCAGAAGGGCCAUCUUCAAGUGGCCAAGGCUCUCGUCAUUGCCGGUACGAUACGAAGACCCAUUCGAGAUCUCGGGACAGAAGCGCCCCUGUUCACGCCUCCUCUCCCUUGUUUAUGGUCAGGUGCCGACACGGCCGCAGUCACAUCCAAGCAGGAGACCCCCGCCGACCUGCUCGCCACAGACGACCUCAAAGCCCAGUGCACGACCGUCUUCGAGGAGGCCAGGCGGACCCUCGAGCAGAGGCAGCAAGAGGCCGAUGCAAAGAAGGCAAACAAGAGGAAACGACCCGACACAGCGGCAGCAGCAGACAAGGCACCAGAAGCUGUUGAAGAACCGUCAGCCGAGGGCGGUGCGGGCGGUGAGGGUCCGCCGGCGGCAAAGCAGCCCAAGAGGCUGGCGUGUGCGGCGGCUGAUGACCUGGAAGAGGAGCGACAAGAGGCAGAGGGGGCAGCCUCUGGAUUGGCGGGUGCAUCUCUUGAGCAGGCCAUGAAGGCCGCAGCUCAGGCUGCACAGUUUGAGAGCUUUGAGUCGUUCGACGUCUAGUUAGGCAGGCCGGGGACGGACGGACGGUGAAUGGAUGACCGCUUAAGUUGUUACACGUGGG